UGCAAAUGCUCAAAAUUUCCUUCUCUCUCUCUCUCAUAGAGACACACACAGAGUCGUCUCAGUGUCUCUGGUCUCCACAGACUGCCCCCCUCUCGCCAGGCUCGGCGUCUACGCCGCUCUGACCGUCACCACUGAUGCACCGGCGUCAGGGAAAAGCCAUCGAGUGUAAUCGAUUUCGAAAACCCUAGCGCUGGGAAUCUGUUUGGGGCAAAACAAGGGUUUAAUGCGACGAAUCGGCCAGCGAUCUUCGUAUGAGUUCCCAAGUUGUUUGGGCUCGGAGCCGUGUUGAUUUACUGAGUGGGGUUUCAGUAGGUGAUUUGAAUGGUAAGGAAGCAAAAUCUUGUGGGAGAUGGCGAAAGUAGUUGCUGCUAGUGCUUUGGACUCACGUUCUCUUAAGAUUGGUGGAGGUGCGAAGGUUGCACCGAUGACUAGGAGGAAGACCCCCUCAGAACUGAGAGGGGAGCAGUUGAAGCGGAGUGGUUUGAAAGGCCAAUCUAAUGAAUCUUUUGAUGUGCUGCUCCGGGGUUGCAAAAGUGCUACUGAAAUGGAUAAUAAACUCCAGAAACAAGAACAGUUGAAGAACCCCAGAUACAGAGAGAUGCGUAUGGAUGAAUUGUAUCCUGUCAAAAAGGCUAGGACUUGGAUGCCUUCUGUAAAAGAAGACUCCAAGGAAAACAAUGUGAAAGAGCAACUCAAUAGCCUAAAGAAUGUCUCUUUGAUUACAAAUGUUGCAGCCAACAAAAGGCAACAGAUUGUGUGCAGUGAACAGGACAAUACUGCUUCAGAAGUUACUGAUGAUGUUAAGGUCCAGUUUUGUCAAACAGUUGAGAAAUGCAGCCAGAGUAGUUUUCGCAGUGUCACGGAAUUGUCAACUGGUGGUGAAGGAUCAUCAAGCUUGGCUGCUAUUGAUAUGAACAAAGCACUGAAAGCACUGGCAACUUGUGAACCAUUGCUGGGGCGAUCUGACGAGUCAUCUGGGAAAUCUGAUAAUCCUUCACCAAGUGGGAAUUUCGUGUCUGAGUUCCAUUUAACCGGGGAAAAGAUUCCUCUGGACCUAUGUUUGAAGACAUAUAUGAGACUCGUUUCCUCUUCCCCAGUAACAUGGUUUCAUAGGUCAAUCAUGGGCAGUACCUACAAUGGCUUGCCUCAGUUGAAAUCGCCAUCUGGUAAUGCGUUAAAUCAUGAUUCAAGCAGUAGUUCUGGGUCUGCAGUGAUCCCCCAGGUGCUGAAUUCCUUAGCACUGCACUCAUGGGUUCAUCCUCAAUCCACUCUGCCACCCUUUAUCAUUUCAGCGUUGGCAGCAUCAGGACAAGACAUGGCUGAAGUUGAUUUCUUAAGAGAUCGUCAUUCAGCAUGGGAAGACGCUUUUCGAAGUCUGUACUUUAUGCUUCGAAAGAAUCUCUGCAACAUUUUCUAUGUCUGUACUUCACAGUUUGUGGUAUUGUUUACUGCUCACGGUGGCUCUGAGGGUGCCAAGCGCUCAUGCAAUGGUUAUAUCACACAAUCAACUAGAAGAUUGAGAGCCUUGCUUAAAGAACUUGACAUUAGUUAUUCCAUGCCUCUUUGCCGAAGUAAAAUGGAGCAGGUCACUACAGAAGAUCUUGUUGAACUCUCAGAGAUGGAGAAACAUAACUUAGGCCAGACUCGUCACCGAAGCUCGUUCUCAGACAUAGAUAAUACUCCAGAGUCUUUGUUGGCUUUUAUCGGAAAUGAGAGCAUACAUUGCUUGUAUGACCUGCUGUUAAAUUAUAGGUCGUCUCUGGGAUUUUUGCCCACGCUCGAUGUUCCUGUAUUAUAUUCACCAGUGCCAUUUCAGAACGCCGCACUGUCCUCUCCCGAGAUCAAGUGUACAGAGAUGGUAAGAACAGAACAUACAGGUGCUGCACCUAUGAGAACGUAUCCACAAGACAGCGAUUACGGGAAAACAACAUCUCACGAUCGUUACUGUAUGAUCGAGAUCAAGGGCGCAUAUCUUCCUCCGUGGAUUAUUAGUAAUGUCUGCUCUAUUGUGGGUUCUGAUGGAAGAGACUUCGAAGCCAGUUUUGUGACGGAGCAAACCUCAAAUGGAUUAAACGUAGCUCUUCCAGAGAAAACCGACCCAGAAUCCCGAGCCGUAGAAGGCAAAGGACGAACCAACGACGUGUUUGGCAUUACUGGAGCGACGUUCUGCCAUCAGCUCCGGUCAGGCCAACUAAAAAGCUUCAAGUACUGCAACCAGUCUUACAUGGUUUCACUGUCCCCGUUGUGAUUUUCCAAUGGUUUUGUAAUUUAUAGUUUUUUGGAUGGACACUUAAACAUUUGGUGUCAAAUGCAUCAGAGAAGCAUUUACAAAAUUUGUAUUGUUAAAAAUACAACACGGAGGUGUCGUCCACGGCCUGGGACGUGACGUACACGGCGUUCAAGA